GUUGGAUGAUAAGGGGCUAUUUUGAAUUUUCUCUUGCAGACAAGUUCUUUUGUGUGUGUGAAAUUUUAAGAGCUCACAGCAUGGAUUUAUAGCAGAGGAAAAUGUAUGCACCCCUGAGGAGAAAGAUGAGCUGAAUUAUUCUUGCUACAGACCACAUGGAGGCAGAGAGUCAUGGUCACUCUGAUGGACUAUCCAGUUCCUCUGAGGCCGCUUUCUGCUGCUGGAGAACUCAAGAUGCCGUUCUCAGACACGGUCAAGUACUGCAUCCUGGGCAUCUCUGUCACUCUCCUCCUGCUGGCCCUGGGCAUCUUGGCCUGGCAGGCCUUCAGAUGCUGCACCCAGACACAUACCACAUACACCCGGCAAGAUACAGUGAACAGGGAUCAGCUGUACUCAGACGAAAAGUUAACAGCAACAGGAAAGUACUCAGGAGCUCCAAGUACUAAGGUGGAGGAUGUCAGCACUGAGGUCCACAGGCUGAGUCGUUGCCUGUCUCAGGCCUCGCUUCCCUCCUCAGGAUCCAGCCAGGCAGAAGGAGACUUUGGACAGCAAGCCAACAUUAAAAAAGUGGAUGGAUCGCUACGUUUCUCUGUCUACUAUGACCAGCUGCAGUCCCGUCUGGUGGUCACCGUUUUGCAGGUAGAGGGGCUUCUGGAGCCCAGCGAGACCUGCAGCCUCCAGCCAUUUGUUAAGCUACGACUCAUGUGGGCAGGAUCAGUGGGAGUGGGAGUGGAAGUGGAAAGCUGUAAGGAUAAGGAGGGUGAAGAGAUGUCACCUGUUCUGUGGACAGUGCUGCAGGAGUGGCGGACUCGUGUUGUGAAAGGCAGCUGUAACCCUUUAUUUGGAGAUCAGUUCAGCUGUAUUCUGCAACAGGAUAAAGAUGAACUUCAUCACAUCAACCUUAGGAUGGAGGUGAGGGACUUUGAUAAAUUCUCUAGACACACAGUGUUGGGAGAAGUGAGGGUUCCUCUAGGGCAGCUCAACAUCUCCUACCCUCUGGAGCUACAAGAGGAUCUGCAGAUACCCCAGAAGGAUCUUGUUGGAGAGGUGCUGCUGUCACUGAAGUUUCUUCCCACUUCUCAGAGGCUAGAGGUCGGUCUGCUAAAGGUCAGAACAGUCCUCACUGAGAUAUACUCAGAUGCAGCCCUGUAUGCCAGGAUCAGCGUCCAGUGUAAUCAGUGCAGGCUGAGGUACCAAAAGACCUCUGUUGUGGCCCGUUGCCUGGUGACUGUCUUCAAUGAGGUGCUCAUGUUCUCCCUGCCGGAGUUUCCUCUUGAGCAGUGUAAAAUUAUGGUUUCUGUCUAUGAGACUCGCAUCACUAGGAAAUCAACCAAACAUCUGAUGGGACAGUUGACUCUGGGGAAGGAGAAGAGUUCAGAAGACAAGCACUGGAACUUGAUGAUGCGCUCAGUCCGCCAGCCAAUAGCGAAGUGGCAUGGCCUGCUGAUCUGAGUUACAGCUCUUAAACGCCGUCUCCUGCACUUCUUGGAUGUCCGUACCUGCUUGUAUUUUACUAGAAGUAGUUUGUGCAUCAGGCUAGUUAGGGUUCUGCACAUGUGUAACUGGAGGCCAAACAUGCAUCCUCUCCCUCUUGACUCCACAGUGGUAAAAAGGUCUUCCUGCUCCAAUCAGGACAGUGGAGUGGCUACUAAACUGAAACCUUUGGUUACUCAAUCUAUUGGUUCACUCACAUCUCUUCUAUCUUCCUUUUUAGCUUCAAAUCUCAUAUUGAAAGCGCUGUAAAAAUCUGACCUGUGCAAGUCUCACUUCUGAUGAUCACUUGAGUGUUGCACUGUGAAUAAAUGUCUUGUUUGUGCUACGGUAUUAUUUAUCUUUAAGCUGUGCCACUUUUUGUGCCUGUUUUAAAAACCAUCCACUCCACAUUAUUAAAUCUUUAUAUUACAACUGUGAAUGUUCAGUAAAUUCAGCAACUACUGUGAAUUAGCAAAUGGCUUAUAUGUUACAAAAACCAAAUAGUUCAUUUAAAUCGGGUGUUGAAAUGGAGUGGUCAGGGCUUGACCCUUGUAAUAUCUUGACAACAUAAAACCUUACCUAGGAUAAGUGGCCUUAUUGUGAAAAAGUAAAACAUAACAUGCCACAAUUUUCAAGCUUAUGUCACCUAUUUUAAAUAUACUUUUAAUAUAUUCUUUUAUUUAAUCAUGGUUGGAAGCAAUGCUCUCUUUUUCAGGAAUGCCCUACUGUUCAACACAUUGGUACCUAAUGUUUAGGUUUUUGUUAGUUUAAGGUUUAAGGGUGUUUUUGCUUUAAGAGACUCCAUUGUAAUCUGCAUGGAUUUUAGGACAGGCCUUUGCUGCCUCCUGUGGGUUUAUUUUUGUGAAAGCAAUUUAUUCUCAUCACAUCAUCAUUUAAAUUAAAUUGUUUAAAUUUUAAAUUUUAAUUGGGUGGAUACUAAUUCAUUUCGUAAUGAAAGAUAAGAUUACAAAUAUACAAGAGUGGUUUUAGAAGAUGAAUUCUAUAAUAAUUCCGCAAUCCAUAACUUACUUGUAUCAGAAAACUUUUCUGUUGAUGUGUUUUUGAUCACUUAUUAGACAAUGAAGCCACAAAAAAUUGAGAAACCAAAGCAUUAUAGUUGAUCUGCACCGUAUGCCUUUAUGGGACUAAUCAUUCUUCAGUAGAGGGAGAAAAACACCACUUGAUCAUUUCAGACCACUGAUGACUGCCAUUAAACAGCAAGCUGUAUC